CAUAAUUGAAAUAUUUCUUAUUAUCAAUAUUUCUCAUCUCUUUCACUCAUCCAAAGAGACAAUGGCUCGCUCCUUUUGCUUCAUGGCAUUUCUGGUCUUGGCAAUGAUGCUCUUUGUUGCCUAUGAGGUGCAAGCUAAGAACAUUUGCAAAGCAAAAAGCAACACUUUCACAGGAUUAUGCAUUACCGACUCCCCAUGCAAAAAAGCUUGCAUCAAGGAGAAGUUUACUGAUGGACAUUGUAGCAAACUCCAAAGAAGGUGCCUAUGCACUAAGCCAUGCGUAUUUGAGAAUAUUUCAAAUGAAGCUGAAACAACUUAUAUCGAGUAAGCAAAAACUCUAACCGAAACUUUUCUUGAAAAAGAGAUCAUUAUGGAGUAAUUAAGAGAGAUUAAGGAUUUAGUGUCACACAUAAUAAUAAAGUGUUGCCUUUCUUAAAGGGUAACUUAUAAUGUUUGUGUUCUUGGCCACUAGUAGCCGUUAGCACACUAAAUAAGUUGUGACAUGUUGACCAUCUUUUAAUCUUGUACCAAGUUCAUAUAUGCUUUAAUGGAAAAUUAUCGUGUAUGGUCCUUUCAUCGUA